CGGCUCGAGGCCAUUAGUAACUGUGGAGUGGGGAGCGACUGGAGAGAGCAGCGCGCCCGCGCGAGAAAGAGGGCACGAGCUGGUACUGGGGGCUUCGAGAAAGUUUGAAUCCGGUUUGGACUGCUUGCAAAGACCAAUGGUAGUUUGUAGUUGACUGAUGGAUAUGCUGUGGAUGAGGCACCAGAGAUGUGUUAAUUACUCAGCAGUGGAAUUGUACUUUGAUUUUAGAAUGUGCUGACAAAAUCAAGAAGAGCACAAGUCCUUAUUGCUUAUUUUGUAGAGUGAUAUUUCAUUUUUUUUGAAGGAAAUGGUACAAAGACUUAAAUUUUUUUUAACCAAGUGAGCACUGUUCACAGUACCUUGUGUGAAACAUUCAUUUGACACUUUUUUUUUAAUUUGCCUGCUGAGCAUAGAAGACUGAAAUUCUAUUUGCAUGUUUUGCAUCUACAACAACAGAGAAAAUGAGUGCUGAUGGAUAUCAAUAUAGAGCUCUAUAUGAAUACAAAAAGGAGCGAGAAGAGGAUAUUGAUCUACAUUGUGGUGAUAUACUGAUUGUCACUAAAAAUACUCUGUUAGCCCUGGGUUUCAGCGAGGGAGAUGAGGCAAGACCAGAUGAGAUUGGCUGGCUCACUGGCUUAAACGAAACAACACAGGAAAGGGGAGAUUUCCCUGGAACAUAUGUAGAGUUUCAUGGUUUCCGGAAAAUUUCGCCACCAACACCCAAGCCACGACCACCUCGACCACUACCUUUGGCUCCAAAUCCAUCAAGAUCAGAAGAUUCUGACCAGCAAGCUUCUGUCCUACCAGAUUUAACGGAGCAGUUCUCACCCCCAGACGUUGCACCAACCAUCCUAGUGAAAUUAGUAGAGGCUAUUGAAAAAACAGGUUUAGAGAGUGCCAAUUUAUACCGAAUGUCUGGUUCAUGUGGUGGUGCUGAAUUAAAACAGUUGUUGGAUUAUGAUGCAUCCUCAGUGGACAUUGAGCAGUUUGAUCUGCAGUCACUAACUGAUGCUUUAAAGCAAUAUCUUCAGGAACUGCCAAAUCCGGUCAUUCCAGCAUCCAUCUACAGUGAUAUGGUUUUUACUGCUCAAGAAGUACUCAAUACAGAAGAGUGUGCACAGUUGCUAAAGAGAGCUAUCCAGUCCCACAAUGUGCCUCAACAGUAUUGGCUUACACUUCAUUAUUUGAUCAAGCACUUCUGUAAACUUUGCCAAAGCUCUGGAAAGAACAAUCUAAGUCCAAGAACAUUGGCAGAAAUCUUCAAUCCUUUGCUUUUCAGGCAACAGGCAGCGAGCUCAGAUACAAAUCCUGAAUACCAUAUUAAAAUCAUAGAAGUACUUGUAGCCAGUGAAUACCAAGAAACACAGACUACACCUGCACCAGCUUUACCCCCAAAGCCACCAAAACCCACACCUGUAACUAAUAACGGGAUAAACAGCAAUAUGUCUCUGCAGGAUGCUGAAUGGUACUGGGGAGACAUUUCAAGAGAGGAAGUCAAUGAAAAACUGCGAGACACCGCUGAUGGUACCUUUUUAGUCCGUGACGCUUCAACAAAAAUGCAUGGUGACUAUACUCUUACCCUGAGGAAAGGAGGCAACAAUAAGUUAAUCAAAAUUUUUCAUCGAGAUGGCAAAUAUGGCUUUUCUGACCCACUAACAUUCAAUUCCGUGGUGGAGCUUAUAAAUCACUAUCGUCAUGAAUCGCUGGCACAGUACAACCCUAAACUAGAUGUUAAGUUAUUGUACCCAGUCUCUAAGUUCCAGCAGGAUCAAGUAGUGAAAGAGGACAACAUUGAUGCAGUAGGCAAAAAAUUGCAUGAGUAUCACACUCAGUACCAGGAAAAGAGUAGAGAGUACGACAGACUUUAUGAAGAAUGUACAAGAACAUCUCAAGAAAUUCAAAUGAAAAGGACAGCUAUUGAAGCAUUUAAUGAAACAAUCAAAAUAUUUGAGGAACAGUGUCAAACGCAGGAAAGGUACAGCAAGGAGUAUAUUGAAAAAUUCAGACGAGAAGGAAAUGAAAAAGAGAUUCAGAGAAUUAUGGUAAAUUAUGAAAAAUUGAAGUCCCGCAUCAGUGAGAUUGUUGACAGUAAGCGAAGAUUAGAAGAAGAAUUGAAGAAACAAGCCGCUGUUUAUCGAGAAACUGACAAAAGAAUGAACAGCAUUAAACCUGACCUGAUUCAAUUAAGAAAGACAAGAGACCAAUACCUUUCGUGGUUGACGCAAAAGGGUGUUCGGCAAAAGAAGAUCAAUGAAUGGCUUGGAAUUAAGAAUGAGAAUGCUGAAGACCAAUAUUCUAUGGUAGAUGAUGAUGAAGAUCUACCCCAUCAUGAUGAGCGAACAUGGAAUGUAGGAAAUAUCAACAGGACUCGGGCAGAGAGCUUACUGAGAGGAAAACGUGAUGGAACAUUCCUAGUCAGGGAGAGCAGCAAACCAGGCUGUUACGCUUGCUCAGUCGUGGUUGACGGUGAUGUAAAACAUUGUGUCAUAAACAAAACCCCCACAGGAUAUGGAUUUGCUGAGCCGUACAAUUUGUAUAACUCACUUCGAGAACUGGUGCUACAUUAUCAGCACACAUCGCUUGUACAGCAUAAUGACUCUCUCAAUGUCACACUAGCCUAUCCAGUAUACGCUAAUCAGAGAAGAUGAGAGCUAAACACUUUCGUUUUUGGUUGCUAGACUUGAGGUCAUUGAAAAGGCUCGUACUACUUUGCUCAGAUUCAGUUUGACUCCUAUUCCGAAGACAGUGUGCUAAGUGAACUUGAGCUUUCCACAGAUUUAACUGGGAGAAGCAAACACAUGGAGCUGUGAAUGUAAAUUCCUGAAGUGCUUUUUAAGAAAGCACAAGUUAAUUGAGAGUGGCAAAACUAUCUCCGUGUUGGGGAUGUUGGGGCCUAUUUUUAUUGGUGCUUGUUUACAUUCUUCAAGAUUUACCAGCUGGAAUGUCGGUUACUGCAAAACCAGGGAUAGAAAGAGACUGAAGAGGAACAUUGAUACGUUAAUUGUAUCCAUUGGAGAUGUUUCUUUUUAUCUGAACUGAGGAAGUGUAUCAAAAAGGAGUGACUGGUUUGAAAAAUAAAUGAGGACUAAAAUACGUAGAGCAAACUGGCACUUUGGAAAUCUACCAGAAUUAAGAUGAGAAAGGGAAUGCUUUGUUUGGUAGGUGAAGGAAUUGGAUCAUCGUAACAAAGUGCCAGAUUUGUAGACUUUAGGCAUUUAAGCCUGCAUUAUAAAACUAAAACCUGAAGAAAAAGACUUCAAUAAAAAGUGGCACACAGUAUGUAAAAUCAUAUGUACAGAUUCUGACACUCUGGGAGAGUCGGAUCAAGUAAAAUGGUAUCAGCCCAACGUACCAGAUUUUGCAUUGUGUUUUCCUAUUUUGAAGCUGAUGUGUUUUUCCAGAUAUUGCUAUGCAGGGCUGCAUAUUGCAUAUCACAUUGUAUAUUUUCAAAGAAAAACAUACCCACAAUAUAAGCUUUGUUUUGUUGCCUAUAAGUGUUGUCAGUUGUUAUAAAUCUUCUGUUAAGUGUUUUUAAAACACAAAGAUGUUUGUGAAUGCAACUUCUAAAGUUGGGAGAGAAAGAAGCAGAAACUAAUGCAUUUUGAAUCUUUAUUAAUGCAACUCGAGUAGCAGAUUUGGGCUGUAAUGAGCCAAGAAUUUUUUUAAAAAUUCAAAAUCGUUUGAGAUUCUUCAUUGAAAUAGCUGAAAAAUCAUUGCCAUUUAAAGUAAGUUUAAGCCAUGUUUCUUUUUAGUCAGUGCAACCAUUUUUAUAACUAUGUACGCAGGAAACACUAAGGAAAGUCUUUUAAAAAGGUGUUAAACUCCCAUUGCCAGGCCAGGAGUUAGCAUUACAUACAUUAAAAAUGUUACCUUGCAGCAGGUUGAAAACUGGAGCUAUUCAUCUUCCUUAGAUUUAAUUCUCCCUACAGUUUUCAGGCUUUUGAACUCCAAAGUGAUCACGUAAUGGCUGUUUUCUAAUAUUCUUCUUUAUUUUCAACUUUGCUGUUGUCCUGUACUGAUGGGCCUUAGCCCUUUAUUUAGUACCUCCAAUUGUGGAAGUAAGAAAAUCAUGAUUUGUAAAGGAUGUAAUUGUAACCCUGCAACAGAACUUCUGGUGUCCAUGCUGGUGGAAAAUGACAGUUGAUGUUAAAAUCCUUUAUCUUGGAGCUUGUUUCAUUAAUAUAAUUGUUUCACACAACACAAAAGCUUAAGUAUUUUGUAAGUAGGUGCACAUUUUGAGACUUCAGAAAAAGAGCCAAAAUACCAACACAGACUGCUAAAUAUUCAGCUGCAUGUGGCUCAAUAGCACAGAUUAGGUAAAGUGCCACCCUUCUGAAAUAAACAAAAAAUCAUAAAUUGUCAAUGCUGUAACUCAGCUACUACUUGUAAGUUUUUGCUAUUCAAGUCUGAGGAGCUAGCGUGUACCUCCUCUUCCUUCACCUUUUGCAUUGAAAAUUUCAAAUACCAAUAAGUUAUUUGCCACUUACAAGCACACUUGGACCAUAUAGCUGCAGUUAUGAAAUUAGGUCACAGUAACCUUGCUGCCGCUCCACUGAAUGAGAUCAAGAGAAUUGGUACAUUAAACGGGAACAUUGAGUGGGGUGGGAGUAGAAUCAGUUAAUGAUCACAGGAAAAUUGUAAUUGGUUUCAUAAACACUUUGUAGCUAAUCCUUCAUGAGGCUAAAAUGAAGUACUUUACCAUAAAGUAUAACUAAGGAACUCUGCACAUCACAACUUUAAUGUGGGCCUCCAUAACUAUGCAACUUGAGUUGUCUUAGAAUGUGAAUCUAAUCCUGCUAAAAGACAAUCAAGUAAAAUUUAAUGUUUAAUUGUUCUGUGGAUCAAACAUUUGUGCUAAUGCUGGUCUAAGAUGACUUCGUAAAUGAAAGAGGAUUUGCUUACAUGUACGCAUAUUUUUGAUUCAGUUGCAAGUGUAACACACAAACUUUCUGCAAAAACACCAUUUCACCCUUUGUCAGCAUGCUAGGAGAAAUAGCGUUGUUUACCUAAGUAUGUGAUAUUGCAAAGCUAUUAAGUGUAAAUGAUUAGACUUCCAAUGGAAAAUGAGCUAGUGUUUCAGAUAAUUCAUGUUACUGUUGUUAUGUGCACCACGAACUCUACUGCACUUUCAGCAUACUCUUCUCACUUCAGAAUGCUUUGCAUUUGGUGGUGUGAAACAACCUCUAUGCAAGCAGUUGCAGCAGGAUAAUUAUGGUUCCACUAGCAUGCGUUUUAUUUAGCUCUUCCAAAGGUACCAUGAGCUUUAUAAAUUUAAUUCAACUGUUAAAUGUUUGGAUGUUGAACUGGUUAUGUGCACAGUUUAUCUUGUGUAUGAAAAUUCAUUUGUUUCUGUGUCUGCUGUGUAUGUUCUCUGUAUUUUGCUGUAGCUGUGUUUUUGAAGAAGCUUUGCUCCUUUCAUGUGUGUACUGCUUCUUUGAUUUAAUGGUACUACUGCUGUUGUGCUUUUUUUAAAAAAAAUGCAUUGUGUGCCAUUUUUGUUCAGUGUUGCAUUUCUGUGGAAGUUCCUUGUAAACUAUCGAUAUGGGUUUUCACAUGGAGAUGCAUAUCUUAACAAGACCGAUCUGAAAGGAUAUUAAUCUUGUAAUUAUUCUUGAGCCAUUUCUUUUCUUGAAUUAAUAAAUGUAGUUGCAGAAUUUGUGUUGAUGUUGGGUGUUUUAAAAGAUUCCAUCACCCUAUACCAAAUAUUUCUCCUACAGAUUGCUCAGCAUGACAUUCGCUCGUUACUGUAUUUUGAGUGCUGGUUGGGCAAAGUUCACUUAAGGGAAAAGGUGUGUCAGUUGAAAUCGUUGGUUCUCCUAAUUAGACAGUAUUCUAAUUCAGUCUUCUGUUUGAUUAGUUACUUUCCAAAAUAUACCAGAUCCAACUUAAACAACUUAGCCCUCCUCUGCGAAUUCAUGGAUAAAGUUAUUCAAAUUGUAUGAUUCAUCACCAUGAGACAGCAGCGGCUGUCCAAUUUGCUGCUAUUUUUCAAUCCUUAGAAAUUCAAAACUUCAUUAGUUGAAUAAUGUUUGUAAAGUAGUUAAGAUUGCUUUGUUUAAAAAGCCAAUUGCUUAUUUUUUAAAAUGUUGAAAGGCUAGAAGGACAUGAUGUAGCUUGUCUGGGAAGGCAGCACCAUUAUUGUCAUGUACAACAUCUUAAAACUAUGCUUGAGCUCUAGGUUUGAUAUAAUUGUCUCUUUUCAAAUUGCUAUAAUCCAUGUAUUUGACUAUCAUAAGGAAUAAAGUUGUUUUUUGGAAACAAAAA